CGCGGGUAAACAUCCAAGUUGUUUACGUUUCGUCUCCGGAACCAGAAACCGUUUUCCAUGGCUUCCGAUUCUCCCAUUGCUUCUCGUAAAGUUGUCGUGCAUUUGAGAGCCACUGGUGAUGCUCCCAUUCUCAAACAAGCCAAAUUCAAGAUUGCAGGCACCGAUAAGUUUUCCAAGGUGAUUGAUUUUCUUCGUCGGCAACUUCACAGGGAGACUCUUUUUGUUUACGUGAACAGUGCCUUCUCGCCGAGUCCAGAUGAACUAGUAAAUGACCUGUAUGAUAAUUUUGGAUUCGAUGGGAAAUUGGUGGUUAACUAUGCAUGUUCUAUGGCUUGGGGCUAACUUUUACCGUUUAGCAAAGUCUGUACAGCGGCAAAAACUCAUUAAACGGGAGCUGCAUUUGGUAAAUAUGGUUAAUAUCUUCUCCCUGUAUUUUGUUUGGAUACUCUGUAAUUGAUAUUCAUAUCAUCUUUCAGAAGAACCUUCUGAUACUUCCCCAGCCCUUAUCUUUUACAUUCUAUCAAUAUAAUUCAACAUCUUGGUAUUGA